AAUCGGUCAAUCUGUUUUUUGUUUUUUUUUUGUUUGGCACAAGUUGAUUCACAGAGAUGACUGUGGUUGCUCACUGAACGUGAAAUGAGAGAAUUUAAAUGCAGACUCACAUAUUCUUUUCUUUUCUUGUCCUGUCUGUUCAGACCUUUUCACUGGUCGUCUGUGUGCCUGUUUUCACAUGCAGCCCUCACAGGUGAAGCUCGCUGGUAUCCUGAAAAGAUGGUGGGACUGAGAAACCGUUCUACAUGGGAACCAUUGCUCCUAAAGGCCUCGUGCAUCAAGUCCUGUGCCAACGGCUGCUCGCUGGGCAUCACUGCACAGCUCACCUAUGCCAAUGCUGACCUGGAGUCAGUAGAAGGGGUGUUCGUUUACCCUCUCGGGGAAAGGGAGGUUGUCGUGGGCUUUGAGGCUUCCGUUGCUGGCCGACUAGUGGGUGUCCAGAUAGAGAGUCGAGGGAAGCUGAAGGACUGCUGUUUGGACUGUUGCCCUGGAUCUGGUCUUGAAACACACUGUCGGGAGUGGGGCUGUUGUGGAGGCUCCAGCCAUGAUAUUCAAUGUACCAAUGGGCAUCUCAUCCUGGAUGAAGACCUUGAAAGAACCACCUUCAUCGUGGGCACGGGCCUCAUUAGCCCCAUGGACAUCGUGUCCAUUGUCAUAAGCACCACGCUCGAACUCCCCACGUUGGAAAAUGGAGCGAUCCACAUCGUCUACCCGUCGUUACUCACUCCAGUUGUCACUGGUCAGAUGACGUCAAGCAAGAGUGAAAAUGGGGGGAAAUUAGAGGAAACUGGAGCAACCAGCUGUUUCGGUGCCACCUCAGGAAAACAAGAUCGAAUCCUAGACUAUGAUCAGCAGUGUGCCCACGCCAUCUUCACCAGUCCAGCUGCCAACCUGGCUCCGUAUGAGCUCAACUUCCAGCUGCUUGUCAGAGGGGCCUGCCUGCUGGCCGGACUAGAGAGCCCCACUCACGCUCUGAGGGCAGACGCAGACCCCAGUGCCCAAAGUGCCUCAGCCACCUACAUCACUCUGGCACAAGAACAUCAAUAUGACAGACACAUAGAGAUCAUUCUGCACCUCAGCGAACCUCACAGCCCGUUGGUCAUCUUAGAGAGAGGCAGACUCUCCUUCAGGCAGUAUGAACAGCAGAUGUGGUCCCGCCGCGAUUUCAUCCGCUGCGCCCGCAAAGAUUCUGAACCCGAGAGGAAGCUGGAGUUUGUAAGGAAGCGGUAUCAUAAGGACAUUUUGAGCAGCCCGGUUUUGAUGCUCAACUUCUGUCCUGACCUGCUGUGUGAACCUCCGGAGCUGCAGAAAGCCACCAGGGAGCUGCUGUUCCUCGUCGAUCGCAGCGGCAGCAUGAGUGGCACCAACAUCCAUCGUGUUAAGGAAGCCAUGGUGGUGGCACUGAAGAGCAUCCCCUCUGGCUCCAUGCUCAACAUUGUGGGAUUUGGCACUACCAUAAAGCCUCUGUUCACCUCCAGCAAGCUCUGCACUGAUGUCACCCUUACGCAGGCAUAUGAAUAUGUCGAGAGGAUGAGGGCGGAUAUGCGAGGCACCAACCUCCUGGGGGCGCUGUCCUGGGUGUACCAGCAGCCGAUGCAGCGCUCAUAUCCUCGCCAGGUUUUCAUCAUUACAGAUGGAUCCAUUGGUAAUGUAGCCAAAGUGCUGGAGUUGGUCCGCAGAAACACGUGCACUAGCAGAUGCUUUGGUUUGGGCCUUGGUCCUCGAGCCUGCAGGCGUCUCCUGCAGGGCGUUGCCAAAUUAACAGGGGGGACGACAGAGUUCUUGGAUGAGGAGGAGAGACUCCAGCCCAAGUUAAUCAAGUCCUUGAAAAAGGCCUUUGAACCUGUGCUCACUGACCUGCGGAUUGACUGGUACUUGCCAGAAAACAUGGAGGCUCUUCUUUCGCCCAAUGAAAUCCCUCCGCUCUAUGCUGGGAAUUGCCUAAUUGGAUACUGUACCCUGUAUGAUAUGACAGGUUUCAAAGCAAAAAGGACAGAGACACCUGGUCAAGGCUAUAAAGGUGUUUAUCGUGGCUCCACUGGGUCCGUUUUUGGACAAUCGACCGAUGAGCUUUCACCUCCUACCUCCGAACUAAUGCCUGUGGUGACGUGUGCAGAUGGCACUGACUUAGAGGAGGCACUGAGGGAAAUUUCAAGAGAGAUAUCCUCUGAAUUCUCUUGCGCCAAAGACACAGACCCUGGAAUCAGCCCAGGUGUAGACCUGGACUGGUCCAGUGAUGUGAGGAGGAGGAUCCAGGAGAGCUCUUACAUCCAGGAGCAGUAUGUCCUCACUCGCUGCUCCCUCAGUAGUGAGCGGAGUCUACACACACAGUCCCACUCACUCAUACCCGCCUCGUCAAACACUGACUCAGCAGCAGGCGGUGACCCUCGGUCCUCCGGUUCAGUGCUGGAUACAGGGUCUCUACCCCAAGGCCUUGAGGAGAUGCCCACUCCAGAACAGAGGUCAUCCUUGUCUCGCUGGGCAGACUCAGGAUGGCAGCAAAACCUCUCCGUUUUUCCUGAUAAUGGAGCAAAAAAGAGUGUGCGUCUGGAUAGUGGUGAGGAGUGUCGAAAGAGACAAAAAGCUCUGGCCCGUUCAACCAUGGCCGCACGGAGUUUCUCCUCCCCACAGGGUGAGUUGGAGAUGCAUCGCCUACGGCGAGCUCUGGAGAGAGUCUCCUUUGACCAAACGCUGGGAGGCCGACUGGAAGAAAGUGACGGGGAGACAAAGCCCCCGUCAACGAUGUCCCGCAGAAGCCUCACCGACUCUAGUAAGAUGCUACCAAGAAAACCAGGAUUACUGUCUGCAUACUAUUCUCCCUGCAACAGGUUUCUGUCCCUCACGUCUUCACUCUCACCCUCAGAUGGUCUCCUGUUCCCCGCCUCUCCUUUGGACUGGGACAGCUUCACAGAUCCAGAGUAUCUCUUCACUGCUGCUCACCCAGAGGAUCCCCCUCCAGGUCAGUGCCGCUCACUCAUUCACGGCAUGCUCGGUGGCAGGCCUGUGUCAUGGGAGGUGACUGUUGACCUGGGUCACCUCUGGACUUCUGAGGACCAGGAGACACCAGAGGCUGAGGGAGGGAGAGGUGGAGGUGGAAGACGAGAGGAGCCAUGGGAAGAGAUAAUUCACCAACUGACGGCUCGUUCAGUGAUAAGAGACUUUGAGAAAAUGGCAGAGAAGGAGAGUGACAGUGGACAUGGGUCAGCUAAGCGAUAUCGUAUGAAAGCUAUCCAGACCAGCAAGCACUGUAACAUCAUCUGCAUGUACACGGCCUUCACUACUACUGACAGCAACCUCAACAAGGGCCUGCCAGACAGCAUGGACGUCAAAAACACAGGGAUGCAUUUGGGGAACAGGUGGAGUUCCCAGUCAAGCAGUCGCAGGCAGCGAGCUUAUUCUGCAGGUUUGGGCAGAAGGCGUUCCAGCAGAGACAGUGAAGAGAUGGAGGACACCUGGAACUCCACAGACAGAGAUGACACUCCUGCCUCUCCCUGUAGCCUUACAUCCUGGGACGCUAAUACAGGGGGUAAUGUCCACUCUGCUACAGCCCCAGCAAUAGCAGGUGCCUCAUACACUCGCUCACAGCGAUCAAUAGAGAGCAAGUCAAUGGAGAGCUUCUUUGGCACCAGGUUCCCACUCGGCAGACUCAGGUCUUCUUUUUCAUCAGGAAAGCAGAUUCCUCUCAAGUCCCACUGUCUGUCUGCAGAGACAGAGAAACAACCUGAAACGGAGGCCCCAGACUACCUGCCUCUGGUGCGCCUGCAGCUGGCAUCAGGAGCCUUUCUGUUGACGGCGAUCUACUCAGAAUGUGUCCAGAUACCAGUGGACCGCCUAAAAAGGGCUUCACCCUACAGCCUCCACCGCCGCAGCCUCAGCCCACCUUUCCGGUCUACAUCUCCCAGUGCUCCAUCUUUAUCCACCUCCUCAAAGCCCUUUGUUACUCCCUCCAGUCACCAUGUUACCUAUUCUCCUUCCUCCUCCUUUCUCGCCAAGUCACCUGCACCUUCUUUCCACCACACUCCAGACAGCACUCCCCUGAUGCUGGAGCCAAGGCUUCGCCGAAGACACCUGUCUGACCGAGAGCCCGUCACGUCACAUCCGGACCUCCCCAGCUUGGAGGAGGGCUCUCUGGAGGAAUCAACUGGCCUCUACCAGAGCCAGAGGUACGGCCAAGCAGACAGUGGUCGUGGAUCGGAGACAGAUGUGUGUGAAUGCUCUUCAAUAGAGCCUGCUGACCUUCAGGUGAGCUGCCAGUUGGCUCAAGACGACAUAGAGGGCUCGAGCUGGGCCACAGCCGUGGCGCUGGCGUGGCUCGAGCACCGCUGUGCUGGCUUCUUCAUGGAGUGGGAACUGGUUGCAGCAAAAGCAGACUUCUGGCUGCGCUGUCAGGAGCUGCCCGAAGGAGUGGACCUGGCGGGUCUGAAAGGAGCUGCCAGACAGCUGUUCCUGCUGCUACGCCACUGGGAUGAGAACAUCAAACUCAACAUGCUGUGUUAUAAUCCCAAUAACAUGUGAGACAACCAUGUGAAAACUCGAG